GACUUUGGGGCUAGCUCUGACAGGCCCCCCGCUCCAGUUCCCAGAGUUCCGAUUGGGUCAUCGUAGGAGCUUCAAGAUGGCGGCGGCAGACACUUGCGGCGCGGGUACCCUCAGCUCCCGGUCUGUGGCGUCCGAGGCGGGUCAGGGCGGCACCUCUAGUUUCCAGAGGAAGGGCAAGGCCUCUGGGGGCCCCGGAGGGGGCCCUCGGCUGCUGUCCAUUGCUGGCACGCGACCGUCGGUGCGGAAUGGACAACUGCUGGUGUCAACCGGGCUCCCAGCCCUGGACCAGCUCUUAGGUGGAGGGUUAGCUGUUGGAACACUUCUUCUGAUUGAAGAGGAUAAAUAUAAUAUCUAUUCACCUUUGCUCUUCAAGUAUUUCAUGGCAGAAGGAAUCAUCAAUGGGCAUACUCUGUUGGUUGCAUCUGCCAAAGAAAAUCCUGCCAAAAUUUUACAGGAACUCCCUGCACCACUACUUGAUGAUAAUAGUAAAAAGGAGCUUGAAGAUGUACACAGUGCUAAAACCCCAGAGCCUAAUGUCAACAUGAAGAUAGCCUGGCGGUACCAGUUACAACCCAAGAUGGAGGUGGGACCGGUCUCGUCGUCACGAUUUGGUCACUAUUAUGAUUUAUCAAAAAGGAUUCCUUGGGAGCUACUACAGAGUUCAAAGUGGCAUGGAUUCUUCCUUCCAGAACACAUCUCUCCAGAUCUUAAAGGAGAAUCCUGUUUUUUGUCCUGUGGCUACAUGAGGCUGCUUGAGUUCAUUCAGAAGAGCGUUUAUGCUGAAGGAUUUGAUGGAGCUAAUCCCCAGAAAAAACAGAAAAACAUUUUAAGAAUAGGAAUUCAGAACCUUGGCUCACCGUUAUGGGGAGAUGACAUUUGCUGUAAAGAAAACUGUGACAACAAUCACAGGCUUACCAAGUUCCUCUACAUUCUUCGUGGUCUUCUAAGAUCCUCACUGUCCGCCUGCAUCAUCACGAUGCCAGCACAUCUUGUCCAGAAUAAAUCAAUUACUACUCGUGUGAGAAAUUUGUCAGAUACAGUAGUUGGUCUGGAAUCCUUUAUUGGUUCAGAGAGAGAGACUAACCCAUUGUAUAAGGAUUAUCAUGGUUUGAUCCAUAUACGGAAGAUUCCUCGGCUUAAUAACUUGACUUGUGAUGAAUCGGAUGUCAAAGACUUAGCUUUUAAGUUAAAAAGGAAGCUGUUCACCAUUGAGCGACUGCAUUUGCCUCCAGACUUGUCAGACACAGUGGGCCGUUCAAGCAAACAGGAUCUGGCAGCAUCCACCGCGCGGCUGGGUGCAGGCUGUAGCUCCAUGGCCGAAGGCAAGAAGCACCUGGACUUCUAGGGACCCUCCGUAGUCACCGAGUGCGAAGUUAUCUGACACUCUGAUUAGGACUGCUAGUAGUUCAUGUAAACAUUUGUCUUAAUGAUCUGACCCUCCAGACUUUGAGAAAUACAAGGUCACAAAGUGGAGCCACCAUCCUUAAGUUUGAGUUGUUUCAUGAUUUAUUUUUUUCUACUGACUUUUGUACAAACAUAAUAUGGCAGAAAUACUGCCAUUUGACAUUUAGCUGCUGUGGGUUUUUUUUUAAAAUACUAAUUACUUUUUAAAUAAACACCCAAAAAAUCCCCAAAAUACAGUUUGCCUUAGAGUUGUCAUUAGUUCAAGUGGACUAUAGCAAUGGGAUGAUGGUGACUUGUGUCUUAUGGUAACAGGCAUGGCACACCCCAUAGAGUGUAGAACAUUGAAUUCAAGUUGUGUGUGAAUACAUUUCAGAUGACUUUGUUUUUGAAAAAAUCACUACCAAGACUUUUUUUCAAAGAAUAUUUUGUUUGCUAGUAUUUGAAAGAGUUAGCAUUUGUGCAUCCCAUUGUUGAAAAUGGUGAAGACAAAAAUCAUAUGUGGUGAUUCAGUCUGCAUUACCCAGCACAUUAGACAAUACAUCCAGGACUUGAUGGGAAGCAGGCAGGAAGACUCUGAAGUUCUGGGUAAUUGACGUCAGCACUGUAACAUUGUGUCAACAGACAAAAUUCAAGCUGGCAGCUCCACUAAUGCCGGGGUCCUAGAGAUGUGUACUGAAGCCUGGUGAGCAAGUUAUAUAAUCUAGGUCUAAGACAACGUAAGUAACUGAGACACACUCAGACUUCCAUUGUGCCUUUGUUAACCAGGAGCACUGGCUGAGCCUGUAAAUGAUAUCUGACCAUGCAAAAUGUCUCGGGGACACAGCAUAUGGAGCAGGUUUUCCUGAAAAACACUGGGCUUUGGGGUCAUGGGUCCAUAGUCUUGAAGGGUUUGACAAGCCAUAGAUAAACAGUGGAAGCCAGAAAGCCACUUGUGUGUGUUUAAGAACUCCAGUUUUUUUAAAAGAUAUUUAACAUCUUUUGGUAGAAAUUGAAUUUUCAAAUAAAUUAGAAUAUUUUAAAGCACCUUUAACUAGCAUUUUAAGCAGUUUCCUUUUAAUAUACCACAAAUUAUACUCUAUUUUCUCUUGACAACAUUGUCGAAAACAAAGACUAGGUUUUUAAAACUGUCUCACCAAUAUGAUGAAUGUCAGUCACUUUAAAAAAAAAGCCCAGUGUAGCAUAAACACGCACUGUAUACAGUUCUCAUUCAGAAUUAGAAUAAUUGAAUCAAUGACAGUGAUUUGCCAGGAUGUCAAAUCUCUCCAUCAUAUCCUGUCACUACCAGUUUAUUUUUUGUGAUAAAAUCAAAAAGACAACUAUUUUGUCACCAGGACUCAUUAGCACUAAAAAAUCAGGUUGAUUUUUUUUUUUUUUUAGAAUGUCUGGUUUAUUUUUUUUAAUCUCUUUAAAUUCUCAAGACAAAUUCUUCCCCAUUUUCUUUUCAAAAUAAAGUUUUAGAAUUGAUCUGUCAGUUAAAAUUAAAGGACUUUUGUAUUAAAGAAGGGUACUUUUAAUAUUUAAAACAACCUCAAAAAUUGAUUUCCUCUAUAAAUUUUAAGUCUUGUUGCAGAGGUACCCAGGAAGUCCUGCUGUCCUCUAAUGGGUUGUGAAUAAACUGAAGUGAAUGCUUGAUUGUUUUAAUAACUAACCUUUCUCUUACCCUGUUGUGAUUCAUUUUACACAAACACACAACAGCACAAUUUCUUGGCAGUUAGCUCUGAAAAGGAAGUGUGAGGCCAUCAGGUGUGUAAAUUAUUCUAAAAUAUCUAAUGAGUCAUUGGUUUCUUUCUUGAUUCCUAUAUCUAAAAAAUUAACAAUUGACUACUAGUAGUUAUGUGCUUUGCAAAUAGCUAAAUUCCCUUGAAAUUGAGUGAACAUAUUUGAACCCUCAGUUUAAAUAGAGAUUAAACUUUUCAAAGUUAAUAAACCCACAUUUUAAAUAAAUACAGUACCUGGACUUUCCAAAAAUACUACAUUUACUGCUUUAUUUUUCAGACUCAGUCAGCAUAUUUUAAUACUGCUACUACUAAAAAUAAUAAUGACAACAAAAAGACACUGCUAUUGGAAAUAGAUGUAUGGCAUAUUUUAUUUUUUUUUUUGUCCUCUGACAAAAACCCAGUCUAAAAAUAUGUUUUCCUUUAUUUGGAAAUUUUUGUUCUCUAAUACUGCACAACUUCCUACAUGAAAAUAUUGGCCUUCAAAAUGCUAACACACACACACAAGCACAUGUCCUUCUAAUAUAUUAUGAAAUGUACACUCUAUUCAUAGUUUUUAACUUGUCUUGAGUAUAAAUACUUAAUAACACUGUCAGAGUAACUGAACUGUCUUUGUAUCAGCAUCGCAGUGCAUGAAGCCUGAGGCCCUGUGAAGUGAUUCAUUCCUCUGCUAGAUCUGCCUUUCCUUAACAUGGGUAAAGAUUUUGACCACUCUAGGUUAACAAGGUAUAUGGAUCUGAGACCAUCAGAUUUUAAUAGCCACGAGACAAGAUCACUUUUCUCAGCUUUUUUACUUAUUCGUUAGCACUUCCCCAGGAAGAAGCUUGUAAAGUAAAGGCGAUUCUUCUAUUCUCUGUCUUUUUAUUUUAAUGACUGGAACAUAUACAUACACUUACAGCAAGGGCAUGUGGGGCAAACCAUCGCUUAAGCCCAUUAUUAAUGUCACCUCCAAGAUCUCAUGUUAUUAUGUCCAAAGAUAGUCACCAUCAAUAGGGUCCGAAUUAAGCAAAAGAUUUACACUUUGAUUUUGAAAAAUGAGCAGUUUAGUCAUCUGUGACAAAAAAAAAGUUACUAAAAAACAGAAUAAUGUAUAUUUGGCAUCAGUUAACCAAACAUAGAGACAAAAAGAUCUUCUGGAUAACAUUAAGGCCCAGAGCACAAAGAAUAAAAAUGCUCGGUGCCUUCUGUGAUGGCAGACAUUCACAGGACGAGGCUGAACGCUAACGCUCUAGACAGAGUUCUGAGAAGCCUGCCUAGGAUGUUUCCUUUAAGUAGAAAGAGGAGAUGAUGUGAGCAGUGUGGAGAAGCCGGUUGUUCACCAGAUAAAAGUCGUCUCGAGGUGUAGCUUUGGAGGAGAGGAAAUCCUCACAGUUUCAUAACAGCGCAUGGCAAAAUUAUUUUCACCUAAAGCAGCGUUCUCAACCUAUAAGUCAUGACCUCUUAAAAUCGAAACAGCCUUUCACAGGGGUCGUUCCUGCAUAUCAGAUGUUUGCAUUGCAGUUCAUAAUAGUAGCAAGAUUGCAGUUAUGAAGUAGCAAUGCGGUAAUUUUAUGAUUGGGGUCACCCCAACAUGAGGAACUCUAUUAAAGAGUCACAGCAUUGGGAAAGCUGACAGACCACUGCCCUAGAGUGAUUCACCUGUAAUUCUGUUCACCCAAUGUCUCUCAGUCAGUGAUAAAAUGUAAUCUGUAUGCACCAAGAUGUCAUAAAAUUUGGUCUUUGUCCUGGAAAAUGACCCUAAAAUAUCCCUACAGAUUUUCUAUUGACAAAUCUAUAAAUAUAACUGUCAGUAAAUAAACAAAUGAAAAUGACCACUGGGAAUCACAACUCCCAGAUACUGGGAUGACACAGCCUGGGAUAUAGACAGCUCAUCUCUCUAGGGUGCAUGUGGGAAGAAGGCAAAGCUCAUCUUGCUGAACCAGAGACACCCGCAUCUGAGCUUCCUUCCUUUGGGAUAUACCAGACUGUCCCACUGCACUCUGGCAGCCUGGACCCUCUGAUGACUUGUAUAUGUCUCAGACUGCACACAUCCAUAUCCUCAGCUUUCAUGUCACUCCCAGGUCUUGCACCCAGAAUGCCCUGUGCCUUUCUGUCUGUGUGCUCUAUUCAGCAGGGCCAUGGGCCAGCACAGGAUGCCUGACACCAGCCCAAAUCACAGCCAGUUGAAAACUGCUCUCUUUUUUUUUCAAGGAAUAAGUAAACCAGCCAGCAGAGGCUACAACACAGCUCUUCUCUGACAGUUCCCUCAACACUUGUCCCUCAGGGAACGGGAGGCUGCAAAAUAUCAGGAGGUGGAAGUGUCUGCAAGGGUGAUUUGUACCAACAGAGGAUAUGUGCCAGCAGGCAGUGUGGGCUGACAUGGACAACAACUGUGCAUGCACGCACACACACACAUGCAUACGCACACACACACACACACACACACACACACACACUGCAAUCCAGUUAGGAUGCUAUCUCCGGACAUGAAGCAACUCCACUAGAAUAAAAUGGAUCUCAAUGAUCUGUUCAGAAGUACCACAUAGAUGUCGAACUGCAAGGUUAUGUUGAAAUCCUCCAAUCAAUUUAUUUCUGAUCAUUUGCCUUUUGCGAUUUACAAAACCAAAAAUCCUCAGAGUUGGGAGUCAGUGAAGUGCCUUCCCCCUAGGAUGAGUCUCCUUGUAUUUUUAAUCUAGGUGGCCAGGACCCCAGAGUUUCUCUCUCUCAAGCUCGCUGAAGAAAAUGUGUCUAUGUGACUUAAGUGUUGCACAGAACAGGCAGAAAAUAGCAGGCAGGCCUUUUUCUAACCAACAAAAGCUUCCUUUUUUUUCUCUCCAUUGCUUGGGCUCAGGCACUCCUGCCCUGCAUGCUGCCACUUUAAACAUGAUCAGAUCUGUGCUUCUUCGCAAAUGACAACUGACCAACAAUGGGCCCUGCUUCAUAGAUUUGGGAAUGUUUGGCUUAAGCUGCCAAUGACUGAAGGCCUUUAACUCCCACCGGCCAGUCACAGUCCGCUUUGUUGUUGUCUCUUAGUGUGUCUGUGCUCAUUAUUCCUUGACAUGCAACAUCCCCUCCACCCUCCAACCACCCACCACAGCACCGAAAGCAAGACACACAUGGGAGCAGCUGGAGGGGUUCAAUGGGAGCCGAUGCCUCUUAUGCAAAGAGUGGGGAGACAGGACAGCAAGAAGGGUUAUCUGAGAUUGGCAACAGCUGUCAGAGGAUCUUGUUUAAGAACUCAACCUUUGAAUAUGACUGUAGUGGAAUCAUUGUGGGGAUUGGUUGCCCAGGUUAAAAAUGCCAGCUCUAAUUCAAAACAAUUCCUAGUGAAUCCCUUGUUGCAUUUUUUUAAUUACUUCUACACUUUGAGCUUUAAAAUCAAAUAAAUAGAUAAAUUUGAAAUAUUACUAUUUUCUGUACACAUUGUGGGAUGCAGACCUACAUACAGCUAGCUGUGUUUUGUUUUAGGUUUUUUUACAAUACAUUACCAACUUCUGAUAUCUGUAAAAAUUAUUUCUUUGAGGACCAUCAGGUUGUAAAAUGGAAUAUAUGAAAGUAACCAUUGAUUUAGGACAUUAACCUAAUGUGGGAACAAAAUUUGUAACACCACACUAUAAGGUUAAAAAGAAAAUAGUGUAAUAAAGAAAAUACAAAGGC